AGCCAUUUUUGCUCGAGCAAAAAGGCGGGUUCCCUCGUCGGCGUUCGCGGAUUUCCACCUGCUCGACCAUGGCUCCUCGCCUCUCCAAGACUGCGGCAGCCGCGGGCGCCGUGGCAGGCUGUGCUUUCGUGACCCUGCCCAACCAGAGGUCCAAGGUGUCUGGCGGGCUCCGCGGUGCUGCUGCCAGCUCCACCCCCGCCACCGGCCUGGGCAUGGGCGGCAGCGUGCUGAGCACGGUCGGGGUGGCGUUGGGCGCAUCUGCGCUGGCGGCCGCAAGCCGGAAGGAGGCGCCAGUGGCUCGCCGCGCCUUCGAGGGCGAGUUGGGCGUCCAAGCUCCCGUGGGAUUUUGGGACCCCGCCGGCUUUACCGCGGACGGCGAUGCCAAGGACUUCUACCGGCGACGGGUGGUCGAGAUCAAGCACGGGCGUGUCUCCAUGCUCGCUUGCACCGGGUACAUCGUGCAGGAGUUCGUGCGCUUCCCGGGGUCUUUGUCCCCCAGCAGCGAUUUGAAGUUCGCGGACCUCCCGAACGGCCUGGCGGCAGUGACCAAGGUGCCGGCAGUGGGCUGGUUCCAGUACACCAUCUUCUGCGGCAUUUGCGACCUUUGGCUCAUGCACCAGGUGCCCAGCAACCCCCCGGGCAAGCUCCAGACGCGUCUCUUCGGAGAGUCCACCACCAACUAUGAGUAUGGCUUCCUGGGCCUUCCCGGAUACCUGGGAGGCAAGGCCAUCACUGAUGAGGAGACCAAGAAGAAGAAGCUUAACGCGGAGCUUGCCAACGGGCGGUUGGCGAUGAUGGCCAUCAUUGGCAUGUUCUUCCAGGACGGGCUCACCGGUUCCGCCUGGGGGGACUGGGCCAACUACACCGACUCCCCCCUGCGGGCCUUCGAGAGCGAGCUGGGCGUGCAGGCGCCUUUGGGCUACUUCGAUCCGCUGGGCCUCUCCAAAGACGGUGACGUGGAGACCUUCAGGCGACGCCGCGAGUCGGAGCUGAAGAACGGGCGGGUGGCCAUGUUCGCCACUAUCGGCUACAUGGUGCCGGAGUACUUCAAGUUCCCCGGUUACCUGGCCCCCUCCGCCUCUCUGAAGUUCGCGGACGUGCCCAACGGCAUCCAGGCCAUCACGAAGGUGCCUGCUGAGGGCUGGCUUCAGUGGGUGGCACUCUGCGGCUGCUACGAGCUCUGCGUGAACCAGCCCGUGGAUGCCGCAGACCCCGGGAACUACGGCAAGGGCAAGCUGGGCUACGGGAACAUGGUGCUGGGCAUCACCGCGGAGUCCAUCAGCGACCCGGAGGCCCGCAAGCGGGGCCUCAACUCGGAGUUGGCCAACGGCCGGCUGGCGAUGAUGGCCAUCAUGGGACUCUGGGUGCAGGACGGGCUCUUCGGCACCCCUUACGGGCUCUACGCCGGCAGCUCCGCCUUCGAGAAGGAGCUGGGCGUGCAGCCUCCGGUGGGCUUUUGGGACCCCUUGGGCUUUACCGCCGGCGGGGACGCGGCCUCCUUCCGGCGACGCCGCUACGUGGAGCUGAAGCACGGGCGGGUGGCCAUGUUCGCCUGCCUCGGCUACAUUGUGCCGGAGUACUACCGGUGGCCGGGAGAUCUGUCCCCAUCCCUGGGACUCAAGUUCUCGGACGUGCCCACUGGCUUUGCAGCCUUCAGCAAGGUGCCGCUGAGCGGCUGGGCCCAGAUGGUGGCCUUCGCCGGGUCGGUGGAGCUCUUCCAAUACAACGACGACCCCAAGAGGCCCCCUGGGGACUUCGAGAACGCGGGCUUCCUGGGGGUGCCCAAUGGCUUCCUGAAGGCUCCGGCAGGCACAAAGGAGAAGAAGCUUGCAGCGGAGAUUGCGAACGGGCGGUUGGCGAUGAUGGCCAUCAUCGGCAUGUUCUUCCAAGACGGACUCACCGGCUCGGCGUGGGGCGACUGGGCCCUCUAUACGGACUCCCCCCUGCGGGCCUUGACCCCGGCACAGGAGAGCAUCGCCGGCACCGGCGGACCCUUCCCGGAGAACUUCUGGGACCCCGCAGGCAUCACUAGCAAGAAGAGCAAGGAGGAGAUCCUGGAGCUCCGCGCGAUUGAGCUGAAGCACGGGCGGGUGGCCAUGCUCGCGGUGCUGGGCUGGUUCCACGUGGCGGCGGGCUUCCACAUCAUCGGGGACUUGGCCACGCAGACGUACCUGGACAACAACCCCCUGGUCAGCCUCACCCAGCUGCCCAUGGGAGGCAUGUGGCAGACGGUGUUCUUCAUCAUGUGCCUGGAGUGGGUCGGCACCUACGUGUGCCCCCCCCCCAAGGACAAGCCUUGGGACGUGCUGGGCUGGUCGGACAUCCUGCUGGAGGAUGAGGACAACUAUUGGAACCAGUUCCGCAAGGCGGAGUGCCAGGAGUUGAACAACGGCAGGUUGGCCAUGAUGGCCAUCGUCGGCCUCAUCACCCAGGAUCUGCUCUUCGGCGACUUCGGCAAUGUGAACGUGUGCUUCGGGGCACAGGUCUGCCAGGACAUCGGUGACUACCUGCCGGGCUGGACCGGGCCUUUGCCUCCGGUGGCCUAUGACUUUCCGCCGCUCUACCCCGCGCCAGAGACGCCCUUCGCCGGCUACCAAGCCCCACUGAAGUUCAUCUGAGUGCCUGGCCACAAAGUCGGAUCGGAUGCGCCGAAAAACGGAACGCCGCCUUAGCUUCCCCAAGCGCCAGUGGGGUGUCUCCCCUUUUCUCCUUUGUGGUUAGAAGUCUUGCC